AUGAACCAAGGAGUCUCUUUUAGGCGCUUGCUCCUGGUGCUGCAGCUGGCUCAGCUCCCAGCCGUCCUUCAAGGGAAGACUGUGGUGGUGGGCAGAGAAGGGAACACGGUGGACCUGCCCUGUAAAAGUUCCCAGGAGAAGAGCAUGUUCUUCAUCUGGAAGCUCUCUGACCAGACGAGGAUUCUGGGGAAUCAGAAUAACUUUGUGACUAGAGGUAGGAUCCCCUCUCAGUCUGAGCGGUUCAGCCGUUUUGAUUCGAGAAAAUCCUCGUGGGAUAAAGGAUCGUUUCCUCUUGUCAUCAAUAAACUUAAGAUGGAAGACGCAGGCAUUUACAUCUGUGAGGUGGAGAACAGGAAGAUAGAGGUGGAGCUGUUGAUGUUCAGAGUGACUGUCAGCCCGGGCACCCACCUGCUACAGGGGCAGAGUCUGACCCUGACCUUGGAAAGCAGCCUUAAGGACAAAGACUUCUCAAUGGAGUGCGCGUCCCCGAGGAAUGGAGAUUUCAAGAGCUCUAAAGCCAUCACCGUGCCCAACCUAAGCAUUCAGGACCAUGGCACCUGGUCCUGCAAGGUAGCCUUGAGGAAGCAAAGUGAUACAUUGUCCAUGAAGAUCUCUGUGCUGGGUUUCCAGAAUGCAUCUACCACAUUCUUUAAGAAUGAGGGGGAGGCAGUGGAGUUUUCCUUCCCCCUUAACUUUGAUGAUGAAAACCUGCGGGGGGAGCUGAGGUGGAAGACAGAGAAGGCCUCCUCCCCCCAGCCUUGGAUCACCUUCUCCCUGGAGAACAAGAAGGUGUCCCUGCAAAAGACCACGGGCAACCUCAAGCUCCAGCUGGCAGAAACUCUCCCACUCCACCUCAAGAUACCCCAGGUCUCACUUGAGAGCGCUGGCUCUGGGAACCUGACUCUAACUCUGGCCAAAGGAACACUGCAUCAGGAAGUGAACCUGGUGGUGAUGAAAUUGGCUCAGAAAGACCACGCUUUGAUCUGUGAGGUGAAGGGACCCACCUCCUCCAAGAUGCAACUGACCCUGAAGAAGGAUAAUCGGGAGGUCAAGGUUACCAAGGAGAUGGUGCUCCAAGAGCCGGCCCCUGAGGCAGGGCUGUGGGAGUGUCUCCUGAAAGAAGAGAAUAAAGUCAAGAUGAACUCCACAAUCCAGAUUUUAUCCAGAGGGCUGAACCAGAACCAGCCAAUGUUCCUGACUGUCGUGCUGGGAGGCACCUUCAGCUUUCUGGCCUUCAUCGGGCUCUGCAUCCUCUGCUGUCUCAAGUGCCGGCACCAACAGCGCCAGGCAGAACGGAUGUCUCAGAUCAAGAGGCUCCUGAGUGAGAAGAAGACCUGCCAGUGUCCCCACCGGAUGCAGAAGACUCAGAAUUUCAUUUGAGGCUGAGGCCCCUUUGCAGCCGACCACCUGCGUCUUGGCUGCUGAGGCCUGUGGACCAGAAGAAUGUAGCAGACCCAUUACUCUGGCCUCCUGCCCUCCUCUUCCAGAACUGGCCACUGCUCCUCUCUCUAUUCCCAAGCCCAAAGUAGAGCUUGCUCUCUGAUUUUCAGACACUUCAACACACUUUGUUUUUCCUAGCGCCCUUUUCAUCAAAACCUCAGCUCUUCCCUGGCUGCUGUUCAGAACCUCUUUCCAGUUGUCUGGAUCUAAGGGCAGUGCCCAGAACCAAGCAUGGGUGGUGGGGCUGGCGUGUGGAAAUAUUCAGCACAGUUCACAAGAGAGGGCCCUGGGACCAGACUGAGUGGGGACUUGUGUCAAUCAAGGCACAGAUGGAGACCCAAAGGCUGCUGAAAUCAGCCUCAGCUCCCCAUACUGCCUGCUUCUCACUUUGUGAGAAGACCAGACUCACAUUCUGGCCAGUGCACCAACACACACCCAGGCCACAUACCUCUGCGCAUAGCCAUACACUUAUCCAUAGUUAAAUAAGCCAGUUUAAUGUCCUU